CGUUGUGGUAACUGAUAAAUGAUAAUUCAGGUAAGCCAGCUCCAAAUAUCCAACCAAAAGAUUGGAUUUUUUGCCAUUUGCCUUAGCUUCUUCUUCGUCUUCUUCAUUUCUUAUCCAUGGGUUCCGGCUAAACCCUGUCCGCUGUAACCCAACAUCCAGUACCUGUUGCUAUGUCCACAAGCCUAAAAACCCCCAAUUGCUUUCAGUUAUCCUUAUAAAUGUAACAAAGUUUAAUCGAUUACUUCAAAAAAUCUACUAAUGGAACUCUCUUCCUCAUUCACUCAGCUCCCAAAAAUAUCUGACAUCUCAUUCUCAUCUUCAUUUUCUCCAAUUCCCAUCCUAUUCCACCUCAAAAACCCUAAAAGCGCUCAAAAUCUUCGCGUUUUUGCUGUAGCUGUAGACCCUCAAGAGCUUCCACAGAAUAGUCCUCAACGACUUCUCAAAGAGCUAGCAGAGCGCAAGAAAAUCACUUCUCCAAAGAAAAAGGUGCCCCCAAAGCGAUUUAUACUAAGACCUCCACUUGAUGACAAGAGACUCGCGCAAAGAUUUUUAGAUAGUCCUCAAUUAUCUCUCAAGCAAUUCCCUUUAUUGAGUUCUUGUUUACCCCCUUCGCGUCUUAAUAAUGCUGAUAAAACUUGGAUUGAUGAGUACUUGCUUGAGGCAAAGCAAGCUUUAGGUUAUCCUUUGGAGCCAUCAGAUAAUUUUGGGGACGAUAAUCCUGCAAAGCAAUUUGAUACUUUGUUGUAUUUGGCGUUUCAGCAUCCUAGUUGUGAGAGGUCUAAUGCCAGGCACAUAAGGUGUGGGCAUUCAAGGCUAAUGUUCCUGGGACAGUAUGUUUUGGAAUUGGCUUUUUGUGAGUAUUUUCUGCAGAGAUAUCCAAGAGAAUCUCCGGCUCCACUUAGGGAGAGAGUUUUUGCUUUGAUUGGAAAGAGGAAUUUGCCUAAGUGGAUUAAAGCAGCUAGUUUGCAGAACUUGGUUUUCCCUUUUGAUGAUAUGGAUAAGUUGGUUAGGAAAGAUCGAGAACCGCCAGUGAAGUCUGUUUUCUGGGCACUGUUUGGUGCAAUAUAUUUGUGUUUUGGCAUGCCAGAAGUCUAUCGUGUUCUUUUCGAAGUAUUUGGGAUGGAUCCGGAAGCUGAGGAUUGCCAGCCAAAUUUACGGAGGCAACUUGAAGAUGUAGACUAUGUUUCUGUUGAAUUUGAUGGGAAAAAGCUGAGUUGGCAAGACGUUGCUGCUUAUAAGCCUCCUGAAGAUAGCCUUUUUGCACACCCAAGGCUUUUCAGGGCUUGUGUUCCACCAGGCAUGCAUCGGUUUCGAGGAAAUUUAUGGGAUUAUGAAAGCAGACCUCAAGUCUUGCGAACACUGGGGUAUCCCCUAAGGCUGUCGGACAGAAUUCCUGAAAUUACUGAAGCCAGGAAUAUUGAACUUGGACUUGGGUUACAGCUUUGUUUCUUGCAUCCAUCAAAAUACAAAUUUGAGCAUCCUCGGUUUUGCUACGAACGAUUAGAAUAUGUUGGCCAAAAGAUCCAGGAUCUCGUAAUGGCUGAGAGGUUACUGAUGAAGCAUUUAGACGCUCCUGGGAGGUGGCUACAGGAGAAGCACCGGCGUCUUCUGAUGAACAAAUUCUGCGGGCGGUACUUGAGAGAUAAACGUCUGCAUCAAUUUGUUGUCUACUCUGAGCAGGUUCAAGAUGCAUUUGAGAACAAUCGAAGGCUGAGAAACCCCGCCACAAGUGCCGUUCAACAAGCCCUUCAUGGGCUAUCAUACACAGUGUAUGGAAAGCCAGAAGUGAGACGCCUUAUGUUUGAGGUUUUCGAUUUUGAGCAAAUACAGCCAAAAGCUGUAUAAAAUUUUGAGAAAAAAGUUAACCCUUUUGAUCUCCUUCAACUUUCAUCCUUUCACAUAGAGCAUACUUGCAUCAACUGCGUCAAGCAAACCUUGUGUGACACGGUGGAUAAGGGACUAAGGGUUCAACUUGAAUUGCAGUUGGCAGUCAUAAAAAUUGUGCCUCAUGACUAUUGCUUGUUCUUUGGGAAAGAUUCUCGUCAGAGUAUUUUUCUGUCAUUUAAUUUUCUCCUAAAGCCAACAAAAGAUAGCAAAUGUUGCAGCUCAAUUUGAGGAUCAAGACAUUUAGGCUAAUGCAUGUGUAUCAAUUGCUUAUUUGUAAGUUGGUCAAUAUGAGUUACUAGUGACUGGUGGUGGUGAAUGUUGAUGGGUGGUAAUAGAAAUAGGUGAUAAUGGCUACCCAUAAUUUAUAAAUUAAAAAUAUCCAUAAUUUAUAAAUUAAAAA